CCAUCACAAAAGUCACUCCGGGGCUGCUUUGCGUAGCGGGAGCGAUGCCUCCGCGGAGGGGCCGCCAUUUUCCUGCAGCCGGCGCCGCCGUUUCAAAGAGGCACGAGGCCCCGCCCCAAACUCGGUUCCUGGGUCUUCAUUGGACAACGUGAGCCGGGGGGCUCUGCCGCGCACUAGUUGCCUGGACACGCCGUUUGGAGCCUUGGUGUCAGUGAGGGAUGGGGAAGAACGUGCGUCUGGGUGGAGAGGGAGUCCGCCUUUCUAUUGGUCAACACUAGGAGACCCCGCCUUUGAGGCAUUUUCAACCAAUGGAAGUGCAGCUUUCUGAAUUUAAACUCUCUAUAAAAUUCGGUUUGGUCAACGCUUAGAGUGGCGCCAGAGUUUUGAGCGGCGCUUUUGGGAGUGGAGGGCCGAUCCUCUGCGUGGUCGCUUGGAUUGCAGUUCGCCAUGACCAUCCCCUCCCUGGAGGAGCUGGACUCCUUCAAGUACAGUGACCUGCAGAACUUGGCGAAGAGUCUGGGCCUCCGGGCUAACCUGAGGGCAGACAAGUUGUUAAGAGCCUUAAAAGCCCACCUUAAAAAUGAAGCAAGAAAAGAAAACGAGAAUCAGGAUGAAAUUCAGACUUCUGCAUCCUCUUGUGAUGAGACUGAAGUACAGAUUGGCAGCCAGGAACAAGCUGGGAGGGAGCCAGUUGGCCAUGUCACCAAAACGAGGAGAAGACGCAGGACUGUCCACACGCGCCCUGACUCCCAGCAGGAUCAUUCAGAGCUAAAAGUAUGUGAUCCUACCGAAUUCCAGAAUCAAGAAAAGCAUGAGAACCAGGCUCUCAGAACUGCUGUAGAAGUUCCUUCUCUACCAAACGAGAGUCAAGGAGAUGAGAAUGCAGUGCCCUCAGGAAACAGUGGAAUAAAUGGUAAUGAAGGUCCAAAGGUACCUCCGGAAAGAAAGAAGGCUCUCUACACAGAUGGGUUUUCCAAACCUGGAAAAAAUAAAAGAACUACAAGCACUACUCCAAACUUUAAGAAGCUUCAUGAGGCUCGUUUUAAGGAAAUGGAGUCCAUCGAUCAAUAUAUUGAGAGAAAAAAGAAACAUUUUGAAGAACACAAUUCAUUUAAUGAACUGAAGAAGCAGCCUGGCACUAAGGGAGUGCCGGCAACUCCAGUUCCUCCCCGAGGAAGACUCUCUGUGGCUUGUACCCCCGCCAGCCAACGGCGCUCCCAAGGCCGGCCCCAUGCAGGCCGGAGCACCUUGUGUGUGAAGGGGUCCACCAAGCGCUCCACUCUCUCUGCAGCUAAGAGGAAUGUCAGGUUUUCAGCUGCUACUGAAGAUAAUGAGCAUAAGCGUUCACUGACCAAGACUCCAGCCAGGAAGUCUCCACAUGUGAUCACACCCAGGGGCGCCCCAAAAGGCCAGGCUGUGCUCGGGACACACAAGUCCACAAGGGGUGAAUCCACUACUGGUAAAAAAAACAACAACAACAACAACAACAAAACCGCCCCCGCCAACUUCUGGUUCAUCUUUAAGCCAUUUAUUACCCCAUUCAAGUUGACAACUGAGGCAGUGCAGACUCCGAUCUCCCAUAGAAAACCAGUGUUUGAUCUCAAAGCAAGUUUGUCUCGUCCCCUCAACUAUGAGCCACACAAAGGAAAACUGAAACCAUGGGGACAAUCUAAAGAAAACAAUUCUCUGAAUGAGCAUGUCAACAGAGUUAGCUUACUCAAGAAAACUUACAAGCAACCUCGCCUCCAGACCAGGGAGGAGCAACGGAAGAAACACAAACAAGAACGCAAGGAGAAGAAAGCAAAGGUGCUGGGAGUUCGAAGGGGCCUCAAUGCGGCUGAACAUUCAUAAUUUAACAUCCCAUAAAUAUUUCUUUACUCUGAACCCUUUUUUGUAAAUAUUUUAUACUGUCCUCUCACUUAGCCAAAAGACUUUUUUUCUGCUCUUAACGUUGUUCAUAUAUAUGUAGUGUCUAUGGCGUCUUCACAUGCCACACCCCUAAAAAAGACAUUAACUUUAAAGCUCUCAAAUUCUUUUGAAAUAGUUUUUACCUAAGGCCCUAACUAAGUUUUCUAAAAAGACCCAUCCUAUAGAUUCUUGACCUAGAUUUUUAAGGUCAAGUUCCCUCUGCUGGCUCUAAUAGCAGAACUUUAGUUCUCUUCUAGGCAAAAGCACUUACAUGAUGGUAGCUAAUUAUACCACAGACUUUAGUAAAAAUUGAACAAUAACAAGUUAUGAAUAGGGUAAGCUGUGAAAGGCUACCUCUUCACAACUGUGGGCUGUAUGGGUUGGUAAGGCAUCAGUAUUUUACCUAUGCAAAAUGUUUCAUUUAAGCUUCAAUGUACCUUUUUCAGAUCACUUCAUGUAACUGUCUAUUACAUACUUCAAUAUAUUCUUAAAAACAAAACUCUAUAGCUCAUUCUAGCCUUGCUUAUUUAGAAAUAUACAGGGUUGUAUUGAAAUUUGAGGAUUGCUGCUUUAAGAUUACUAUGCUCUGUCAAAUUUAUACAUCUUACUCAGUUUAUGGAAAAGACUAGAGUUGCUUAGUAUCAUAUCCAUGUUUGUUGCACCUCAGUGGAGUUUCUGAGUUUUGUACUGCUUAAGAUUUUCAUAAAUAAAAUUUUUUCUC